GGAAGCGGGGUACGUGGACAGGAACGGUGGGCGGGCCCUAGAGUUUGACGGCGAUAAUACGAUUGGUUGUUGUAUUUCAGCCAAUAGAAACGCAGCCGCUUUGUCUAUAUGAAGGGUGUUCAGAAACCAGGGCCCUUUAUUUUAGCUGUAUUCGACGAGCUCGAUUGGACUGCGAAAUGAGUGGAAGAGGCAAAACCGGCGGGAAGGCUAGGGCCAAGGCUAAGACUCGCUCCUCCCGCGCUGGGCUGCAGUUCCCCGUGGGCCGUGUGCACAGGCUUCUGCGCAAAGGCAACUAUGCCGAGCGCGUCGGCGCUGGCGCUCCUGUCUACUUGGCUGCUGUGCUGGAGUAUCUGACCGCUGAGAUCCUCGAGUUGGCCGGCAACGCCGCUCGCGACAACAAGAAGACCCGUAUCAUCCCUCGUCACCUGCAACUGGCCGUUCGUAACGACGAGGAGCUCAACAAACUGCUCGGAGGUGUUACCAUCGCUCAGGGUGGCGUGCUACCCAACAUUCAGGCCGUCCUGUUGCCCAAGAAGACCGAGAAGGCGGCCAAGACCAAGUAAUCUGGUUUUCUCUUUCUCUGAUUUGU